AUGACUCCUCAGCUGUACAUAAACUACAAAUUGAAGUCCGUCGAUCAUCUGCCCUGGCGAGCCCUCAUCUACAGGUCUCUGAACACUUUUGUGGAUGACGUCGCGUCUCUCCUAAUUGACAUGCCCUGGAUGCAUCGCCUUUCUUGCUUCAGAGACGGGGCGGCUGCCGCAGCUGCUGCUGCAGCAGCUGCUGCAGCAGCUGCUGCAGCAGCUGCUGCAGCAGCUGCUGCUGAUGUGCUGCUGGUGCUGUUGCUACGGCUGCAGAAGCAGCAGCAGCUGCUGCUGCAGCGGCUGUUGCAGCAGCAGCUGCAGCAGCAGCAGCAGCAACAGCUGCAGCAGCGGCGCUCGUGCUGCUGCGAUAUAAUAUUUAUUAUAUAUCUAUACCAAAGAUGGAUUUAUAGAGUUGACAAAAACAGAACUCCGGGGGGAGCUGCAGCAGCAGAGAGAGCAGCAGCAGCUCCUGCUGCUGUUGCAGAUGCAGCAGCAGCAGCACCUGGUGCAGCAGAAGCAGCAGCAAGUGAUGCAGCCGAAGCAGCAGCAAAAACUGGCGCAGCAGAAGCAGCAGCUGCAAGUGAUGCAGCAGCAGCAACUGAUGCAGCAGCAGCAGCAGCAGAUGAAGAGGAGAAAUCGAAAAAAGACAAAAAGGAAACAGCCUGUGAAGAGACAGGAGGACUCAGAAGAAGAGUCGUAACAAGCAGCAGCAACUGA